AUGUCGCGCUCCCUGCUCAUCACCGGCGCCACAGGCAGACAAGGCGGCGCCGCCAUCCGAUCCCUCCUCUCCCGAAACGCAGACUUCAGACUCCUCGCCGUCACACGAGACAAAACCUCCAACGCAGCCCAGAAGCUCGCCAGCUUAUCCCCCAAGGUCACCCUCCUCCAGGGCGAUCUCAACAAGACAGACGCCCUGUUCGACCACGCGAGAGACGUCACCGGCUCGUCUCCAUGGGGAGUCUUUAGCGUUCAGGCCCUCAGACCCGGCGCAAAAGGCCCAGCCAUCGAACAAGCCCAAGGCACGUCCCUCAUCGACUCCGCCCUCAAAGCCGGCGUGCGGCACUUCGUCUACUCCUCCGUCGACCGCCACGGCGAAAAGUCCUUUUCCAACCCAACCGACAUCCCGCACUUCAUCAGCAAGCACAACAUCGAGCACCACCUCGUCAACUCCACAAGAUCAAACAACACCGCAAUGUCCUGGACCAUCCUCAGACCAGUGGCCUUCAUGGAGAACCUCGACGGCGGCUUCUUCGGCAAGCUGUUCGCCACAGCCAUCAAGGCGAAGCUCUCCCAGCAGAAGAAGCCUCUCCAGCUCGUGGCCACGGAGGACAUUGGCGAGGUCGCGGCGGAAGCGUUCCUUCGUUCGGAGGAGUACAAUGGGAAAGCCAUUUCGAUCGCUGGGGACGAGGUCACUUUUCAGCAGUUGUCGGACAUUUUCCGCGAAAAGACUGGAUCUCCUGUGCCCGUUACUUGGGAUUUCAUGGCGAGUCUGGUCUUGGCCGCGUCCAAGGAGAUGAGCACCAUGUUUUCCUUCUUUGAAAAUGAGGGUUACGGUGCAGAUAUCGCGGCGCUGAGGAGGCAGUAUCCGCAGCUGAAAGAUUUGAGGACAUGGCUGGAGACUAGUCCGUACAUGAAGAAGUGA